AUGAAAACUUUCUUGAUUUCGGCUACUAUUGCUCUGCUUUUCAUAUCAUCAACGUUACCUCAAAAUUCAGCCGAUAGACAGUUUCCAGAUGAUGUGGUACAAGCAGCUUUAGACUGGGCUUGUCAAAAUGGAGUAGACUGUGGUAGGAUUCAGCUUGGCCAGAAUUGCUACUCGCCCGACACUCUCAUGGACCAUGCCUCUGUUAUCUUCAAUGAUUAUUUCCAGCGUAACAAGCAUAGUGGUGCUACCUGUGACUUCCACAGCGCUGCAGUGUUCAGCGAAACCGAUCCUAGCCAUGAUUCUUGCAGCUUUCCGUAUAUCCCCUAA